AUGGCGUCUCCGAUGUCCCCAAUUCUCGCAGUCCUGGCUUGGGCUCUGAUCGGGGCUCUUGCAGAGGAUCCCGCUGGCAAACUGCGAGGGUCAGGAGCAGUGGACGGUGGUCUGGAAUUCCCGGAUGUGAGUGGACUGCCAGACACGCCAGGGCCAUACCAAGAAGCGCCGAACAACACGGAAGCCGAGAAGCCCAAGCCAGCUAUGCUCGAUUGGCAAUCCAAAGUUCCCAAUGCCACCCAAGGCAGCCUGGGGAGCCUGAUUUCUUUGAAAGCUUGGCAAGAGCACCAAUUCUGCAAUCUUCACGGAACAGGCUUCUUCUGCAAUGGCGACACGCGGAUUCGCUGCUGCAAGCUGGAGGAUGGAUACACUAAGUGUGGCUCCACUGCCAAUGCCAGCGCCUGUGAUUCACAGAAGCAGCAGAAGUCUCAAUUGAAGACGGGUGCCGGUUGGUGGGGACCGUGGGGGCCUGGACCUAGUGGGCCUGGCGGCUGGCACAUUCAUACAGGCUGGCAUGUCAGCAGCUAUUGCCAGUCGCAUCACGUCGGCUCCUUUUGCCGCUCCCACCAUAUCAUCCACUGCUGCAAUGACUAUGGGCACUUCGUGGAAUGCAACAGCCAGUACCGUGACAGUGGCUACUACUGUUAG